AUGUUGUUAAAUUUGGAGGUGAAAAUGGGAGAUAAAGAUGGAUGGGGUUGGUCACCAACUGGGGCUCCGUUUAAUAUACAAGCAGAAGAUCAUUGGAGGCACUUUGAUAACUCGGUCAAUGCAGUUUCUUUUGGGUUUGUUGCCACUGCCAUUCUCAUCUCAAUGUUCCUUGUCAUGGCCAUUUUUGAAAGAUUUCUCAGACCCACCUCGCCGGCUUUGACCCCGCCGGCUGGCCGGAGGUUUGGAGACAUUGAGUCUCAGAUGGGUUUCAGUCCAAAGCUUGGUCACCCAUCACCAAAAAUUACCGUGAAUGCCAGAGAAGUUUCAGUGUUGAUGCCUGGAGAGGACAUCCCUACCUUCAUCGCCCACCCAGCUCCCGUGCCUUGCCCUCCAGAACGCAUGCCUUGGCCUUCCCAUCAACAUAAUGCAUUGCCCAAUUCUGCCCACAACUCCAACUCCAACACAUCCUCAAGCUCAACCUAAAAGAACCAAACACCACAAGUGCCUGCUUUGUAAGUCACACUAUUUCUUCAACAAGAUACAUACAAUCAAUCAAUCUAUUUAUCAUUUAUUCAACUGGAGCGAAAGACAUACACUGUCAAAGAUGCCAAGCAAACUGGCAAGUAUUUGAAUCGAAAAGGUGGCCCUUUUUUUUCCCUUUGGCCCUGAAAAUUGUGUACAUAGCACAAAGUCAUGGUGGGGCAAGCUGGCUUCAGAUUAUCGAAGCAUCAUCAAAGGAACGCAGGCGAGGUUUACCCUUUCAUUCACCUAUAUUUUGAACAUAUGUGCCUUAAUAUUCAGAUUUUCAGUUGUAUGGUGGACCUUUAUAGACAGAUAAGAUUGCAC